AUGGAGGGCAUAGAGGUAACCAACGAAGUAGCUAAAUCUUUCAAGCAAGCCCUGCUAAGAUCGAGAUUUUCUGAAAAUGGCAACGAGAAAAAUUUCAACUAUAAUGUUGAGGAAAUUUCUUCGGAUGAGGAUGAAGCUGCUCUUGAAGGUGAGGAACAGCAAAUGGAUGACGAGGUAGCUAGGACUAGAAUUCUGAAAGUUAGUAUUCCACCAAGCCUCUUGAAGAAAAUUCGGGAACCAUGGGAAAAGUGCUUGAUUGCACGACUAUUGGGGAAAUCCAUCGGAUACAAACUAUUUAUGGUCAAAAUGACCAAAAUAUGGGGGCUACAAGUUGACUUUGAAGCAUUGGAUAUUGGUAAUGGCUUCUUCAUUGUCAAAUUUGAUAUGGCUGAUGAUUAUAACAAGGUGUACAUUGGGGGACUGUGGGUUGUCAUGGAUCACUAUGUUACAGUGAGAAAAUGGCAACAAGAUUUUAAGUCAGAUAAAGCAGAGGAGGAUACCACUACGAUUUGGGUGCAAUUCCCUAACCUUCCGAUUGAGUAUUACAAUGAGAAGGUCCUCUACCAUAUUGCUAAAAUGCUAGGAGUCCCCUUAAAGAUCGAUAUCAACACUGCUAUGGCUGUGAGAGUAAAAUAUGCAAGAGUUUACAUAGAAAUGAAUCUUAGACAACCAUUAAUUCCUUAUUUUUCUAUAGGUAACCACACUUAUAGAGUUGAAUAUGAACAUUUGCACUCAUUGUGUUUUUUAUGUGGCAGGUUUGGGUAUCAGAGGGAAGUAUGCAGUGACAGAGCCAUCCCGGUACCGGGGAGGAUAGAACAACCAUUGAAUAGAGAUGGACACCAGAUGACUAAAGCUCAUGAAGCCAACGGGCCAAGCCCUAGGGAAGAGGAAAUGACAGACCUAAACUCAGGGAACUUUGGCCCUUGGAUGAUGGUUCAAAAUCAGAAAAGGAAAAAUAGAGGCCCAAUGAGAGCUAAUCCAGUGGCCCAAAAGAGUAAUAGGUUUGCAGUGUUAAUUGAGAAAGGAGGAAAAGCUGGAACUAAAGCCCAUUCGGGCAAGGAGAAAGGUAGAGGAAAAGUCCAUGGACAUGUGGGCUUAACAAGCAAUUGGACUAAAGCAAUAGAAAAGAGUAAAGUGAGUACUACCAUUGAAAUGGCUAAAAAGCAACUAGGUGAGGCAGGUAGCCUGGAGAAAAAAGGCGUAUCUGACAGGAGGAUACGAGAUCAAAAAACAGAAAUAGAAAAAUGUGAGAUAUCUAAUCUGCAGAGAGCCACCAACCAACCAGCUGUUAUUUCUCACCAGGCCAUUAUUUAA